CAAAAUAAAUAAUCACCUCUCUCUCUCUCAUAAGCUGACCAUCCUGGAGUGCAGCACGCUGCAACUCAAACCUAACUGCUCUAUACCAGCUUUAAUUAACCCAUUCUCAAUCAUCCCCUCUCUCUCUUUCAUGGCCACCACUCUUCUCUUCUUUCUCCUCUCUCUCCUUUCCCUUCCCCCCACUUUCUCUCUCCAACUUGAUACCCAUGGCUCCAUCUCUGUUCUCAUCUCUGAAAAGGGCCUGGUUUUUGUCAAGGAUUUGUUGGUUCAGCAAGCCCUUCUCUCUCUAACCCCACUUCAUGUACCUAGUAUCAAGAAAUCAAUCAACAUUCCAUUUAUUGGUGGCAUUGAGGCCACUCUUUCCAAUAUCACUCUUUUGGAAAUCAAUGUUUCCUCGACUUAUAUUCGGCCCGGCGAUACAGGGGUCGUGAUUGUGGCUUCUGGUGCCAUGGCUCAUAUUAGUAUGGAUUGGAAGUAUUCUUAUAGCAGUUGGCUCAUUCCAGUUGAUAUCUCAGAUGGUGGGGGUGCCUCUGUUCAGGUUGACGGCUUGGAAGUGGGACUUACUUUGAAAAUAGUGAAUCAUGGAGGAUCUCUAAAUCUGAUCAUCAUGGAAUGUGGUUGUUCAUUGAAAGACAUCUCCAUUACCUUGGAUGGUGGAGCAUCUUGGUUUUACCAAGGGAUUGUCAAUGCAUUUGAAGAGCAGAUAAUUUCUGCAGUAGAAACUGCAGUGACAAAGAAGAUCAAACAAGGGAUUAGAAAACUUGAUUUAUUUUUGGAAAACUUACCGAAAAAAAUUCCGGUGGAUGAUAUUUCCACUUUAAAUGUUACUUUUGUGAGUGACCCAUUGAUGGGCCAAUCCUCUAUCAGUUUUGAAAUCAAUGGUUUGUUCAUGGCCACAGACAAAUUGGCACCUUCCAACUACCAUUUUAGGCAUUCACAAAACAAAGUUUCCUGCAGCAGUGCAUCAAAAAUGCUAGGGAUUUCUCUCAAUGAAGCUGUAUUUAACUCUGCGUCAGCUACAUACUUCAGUGCCGGCUUUAUGAGUUGGAUUGUGGACAAGAUAGAUCAGUCUCUUUUGAACACUGCUGGUUGGAGAUUUAUUAUUCCUCAACUAUACAAGAAGUAUCCAAAUGCUGAUAUGAAUCUGAACAUAUCAUUAUCUUCACCACCAUAUUUAAGCAUUACACGUGAUGGCAUCACUACUACUGUUUUCGCCGACAUGACCAUUGAUGUUUUGAACUCUAAUGAGAUAACUCCAGUGGCUUGCAUAUCGAUGGUAGUAAGUUGUUCCGGCUCUGUUGAGAUCUUAAAAAACAACCUAACUGGUCAAGCUGGGUAUGGUGACUUUAGACUCCAGUUAAAGUGGAGCAAAGUUGGAAACUUCCAUAUGUAUCUGAUUCAGGCAGCUGUACGGGUCCUUUUGGCAGAUGUGUUUGUUCCAUAUGUUAACUCAAGGCUCAGAAAUGGCUUCCCAUUGCCUAUAAUUCAUGGGUUUACUCUCUCAAAUGCUGAUAUUAUCUAUGCCGACUCCCGUGUAGUGGUAUGUACAGAUGUAGAACACACUGAUGCUUUCUAGGAGCUUGUAAUGUAACAUGUAUACUAGUCGGUAUUGGAAAAUGCUUUUGCAUUUGUAUUAAGUACAGUGGAGACCCAGUGGCAAGGAGCUUCACUGGGUUCGCCUUGUAAAAAAAUGGACAAAAGACCUUUUGUAUAGUGUAAAUGUAAUUUCAAUAACGUUUCAUGUUACUUCGCCAAAAAAA